AGGGGACACUGUCCGUGUCUUGCGCGUGGCACUAUCACAAAGUAUGCGUAUAACGGGCCUUACCGUCAGCCCGGCAACUUGUGUGCGCGAUAAGACAAGAUUACAUACUAUUUUAUCUACAACUAACUUAAAAAUAAGGACAAUGUCUCGCCUAUCCAGCCUGCGUAUCCUGGGCUACUCAGCCACGAUACUGAUGCACGUCUCCAACAUAGUCUACAUGGCCUGGUACUCCAGGCAGAACGCCGGGACCUCCAAGGAAGUGCUGCAGUUCAAGAGUUUGGAGUACCGGUUCUUUACUACUUGGACUUUUAUACUACAACUAGCAUACGCAGUGUAUGCGUUAGCUUGUGAAUACUUCACGUUGAAGAACGCGAAGAAGAAGGAGUACAAGCUGCCGUCCCCCAUCACCGACUUCAGGGAGAUUCUAUUCGCUGGUCUCGUGUGGCCUUCUACUAUGGUAGUCUUCACAGUAUUCUGGGGUCUAUACAACUAUGACAGGACCCUCAUUUUCCCUAAAUUCUUGGACGAGGUGAUCCCCCCCAUUUCUAACCACGUGAUCCACACAAUGAUAGUGCCUGUUGCACUAUGGGAGGUGAUGUUCAGGCCGAGACAAGAACCUGAGACUCACGCUAGGAAUGUCAUGCAGUUGACUUUGCACCUGUGUGUGUAUGUUAGUGUAAUGUACUUCACCUACAUCGAAAGAGGGGUGUGGCUGUACCCCAUCUUUAGGAAGCUCUUUGGCACGGUCUACUUCUUCAUAGCACUAGCUCUUAUGGGGGUUAUGUUUUAUACAUUCUAUUAUAUCCAAUGGCCAUUGACCAAAAUGAUCCACGGUUCAAAGAAAAAAGCAGAAAAGAAAAAGACAAAAUUAGAAAAGAAAAAUAAAUAAUUUGUUUAAAAAAAUAAAUGCUAGGACAAUUUUUUUAUUUUGUUAAUUUAUUAUUUUUUAUUUAAUUGUUAUAAUGAUAAUAGUUAUUUGUAUAAUAGGUACGGGUGCCUUUAUUAUUAUUAUUAACUGUCAAGAAGAUUUUUUUUUAUUAAAAUGACUUAUUUUUU